AUGCGUUUUGCUUCUUUUUUGGGCCUGGUCGCCCUUGCGCUUACCCCCAUCGUGUCCGCCGACUUUUUGCGCAGCGGAUUCAAUAAUUUCCUGCCACAAGUCAGUGACGGCUUCGCAUUCCUGCUCACCAGUGAUGAGCACUGCGGUGCGGCGUACAGAAAGCACCUUGAGUAUCAACAAGAGAGAAGAGAGGGGAAAAGAAAAUCCACGAGGGUCCCUGACGACGAACUUGACGAUGUGGAGCGCUUGUUCGGUAUUGACACAACGACCCUUCUUCUUGUCGAAUGUCUGCUGCAAAAUACACCAGAGCUUACCAAGGCGCUCAUGGCCGCCUCACAGGUGCUUCUCGGUGUAGCCCCCACCAUCCUCGCGCUGCUGGGACCCAGUGUGGUGCAGAUUGGUGUCAUUGCUGCGGCGGGCAGACAAUAUCCUCUCGCCAUGCUCUUGGCGUUGGCAUCACCGACCGUGAGUCCAACAUUGGAUCACAGCUCUGUGCGGCAGAUUUUCCAGGAGAAGAAGGGAAGAGUGGCGACUUUCCCAUGGAGGCCUAGAGGGGAUGAGGCGUUGAGGAGAAAGAGGCUGUGGCCCGUAUUGGGCCAGUCGCUGGCGUACUUGCUUGCCAUGGGUUCGAUCGCCAACGUUGCCGAGCUUUGCUACCGUAUCAGCUCCCGGACGGUCUUUACGUUUGCCACGCGGGCCGGUUUCCUCAUCUAUAUCUGGGCCUUUGUCGGCCUGACGAUACACCUCCUUGGCGCUCUUGCUGUUCAUCUCCGCAUUCAGCGUGCCCCUUCAUCGUCAAAACGGUCGGCCAAUGAGGAUCACACGUUGAUCAACCACGAAGGCGGUGAUGGAAAGCAACGCGUCCAGAUCCUCAAGUCGACGGCAAUGUCCACAGUCCUGACGUGGCUUGCUGCAUUGUACACGACUGCUCAUGUUUUCUUGGGAACUCUGCUGUUUUCUAGCAUCUUAUUUGUGUCAGUCAACGAUGCCAUCCAUAUAGUAUUUCGUUUCUUGGCAUCGACUCUCCUUUGUCGGCUGAUUGUUGAAUUGGAGACCGCAUAUGUGCUCAGCCGGCUGGAAGUGACCGGUAGCGGUGAGGGGUCGGGUAGAAGGGUUCCUACCGCGGCAGAGAUGAAUCCAUAUCAAGGAAAGUGA